AUGGCGGUGUGUAAACGCACGGGACGGUGGGCGCUGCUGACGAAUGCGACGGACGGGUCGGGGUCAAAGGGCGAAACGAAGACGACGAACGAGAGCUCGAGCGGGGUGAAUCGAGCGCGUGUGACGAGAGGUGAGCUCGUGACGACGUAUCUCAGGCGAGACGUCGACGGUGAGGCGUACGCGCUUGAAGUUUUUGCGAAGCGCUUCAACUAUGACGGUUUCAAUCUCGUCGUGGGCGACUCGACGAGACGAUCGGCGUUUUGGGUCGGAAACAGGGGCUCGGCGAACGCGAAGACGCCGAUGAAGUUGAUGGAGGGGCGAGUCUACGGGUUGGCGAACGAUGUCUUGGACGCGCCGUGGCCGAAGGUGGUUCGCGGCAAGGCGAAGAUGGAAGAAAUCUUACGCGCCUUCACGGAACUCGCUCCGGAAGCUCGAGGAACGCGCGCGCUCGAGGAACGCAUCCUCCGCGACGUCUUACACGCCCCGGUCGAGAGCGUGCAUCCGGUUUCGCGAACGAGCGCAUCGACGCGCGUCGUCGUCGGUCCCGCGUCUUUGUCGCGCCCUCGACGCGUCUCCGACAUCGAAGUCGACGCCGACGUAGACGGCGACCGCAUCGAGGUGGACUGCUCGGACGACGAGGAGGAAUACAUCGAUUUGCCCGUCGAACAGAUCGAACCGCACGAGAGCGAGAGUUCGUUCGUGCGUCCGGGCGAGCUCCCGGGACGGCCGAACUGCGGCACCCGAACGUCCCAAGUCGUCGUCGUCUCCGCCGACGGUCGAUGCUCCUGGCUCGAGCACCACUUCGUUCCGAACGUCGAGAAACCCAAGAGGGGAGACCUUUUCUACUCCCCGGUCGUCGCUCAAGAUCACGAGCGCUGCGAGUUCGCGUUCGGCGCGCGCGGAGCCGCCGCCGGCGCCGCGUGA